ACACACACACACACACACACACACACUCUCUCUCUCUCUCUCUCUCUCUCUUUCUCUCUCUCUCUCCCCCUCGCAUUCUGCCUGCCGCGGCAGCCUUUUCAGGGUGACAGAGAGCAGCGCUGGCUCGUCCGCUCUCAGAGUCCCUGUGUGUUUAUGUGCGUGAGAGAGAGAGAGAGAGAGAGAGAGAGAGAGAGAGAGAGAGAGAGAGAGAGAUGGAGACCUUACAUAACAGCAGCUGUGGGAAAUACUAAACAGCCCGGCGGACCUUCACAUGCCGGACAACAAAGCGGUGGAGCGAUCGGAAGUUGGGCCCGUUUUUAUCAGCGAAUACAAACAAGAGUUGAGCACAACUUGGACAUCCGGACUCGAUCGUCGUGCAAACUGUUGCUUCUGAUAGGGGCUGUUAUUCUGGGGCGCACCGCCGCACCUCCCUGUGCCGCCUCCUCCUCCUCCUCCCCCCUCUCUGGGAGUUGGGAGACCCCGGUUUAGGAAAAGUGGAUGUGAAGGACAUGACGACGUGUGACGGCCACCAGCCCAACCAGCGGGGGGGCGUCACCUCACCGCUCCCCUCCUCACAGCGUUAGGAUGCACCGGUUCUGAUCCAGCCUCGGCGCCGCGUCUCCAUGAUCUUUCUGGAUUCAUAAAUCACACCUUUUUGUUAUUUCAACACAUCCAUUCUCCCACUGCUGCUGCCUCUGUUGGCAACAACAUGGACCAACAUAGACACACAAGCGCCAACGCUCUGCAAAAUUUUGGAGUCCUCCUCCAGAUCUUCUCGGUCAACCAUUCAAUGGCCUUUAACUGAAGUGGGAGGCAGUGAACUGAGCCGGUAUGGCGGUGCCCCUCGGCAAGCUGCACUGCCUCUUGAAGAGAGCGCAGAUGCUGCUGCUCUGCCUGGGCAUCGCCUACCUGAUGGCAGGCAGCAUCCUCCUCCUGCAGCGCUCCACCAUCCGGGCGGCUCAGCCUAACGCCCCCAGCCUUCCGCCCCUGCUGUCUCUCGUCGCGCCUCCCGCCGCCCUCGGGACGGCCGGCGUGGGCAUGAGGGCGCGCUCCAGAUGGGCCGCCGUUCAGGCCGUGUCCGGCGGGGGAGUCAAGGCCUCGCGAAGCUGGCCCGGCUCCCGCGGCCUGGGGAUCCAACACUUGCACCGCCGCUGGUUCCACAGUCUGCUGCCAGAGAGUCCGGAACAGAAAGUGUCUCAGCACAGGAGCAGCAGACACAAAGGAACCUACAUGGGCUGCUUCCUGCAUAACGCCAGCGAUCGAGCCCUGGGCGGAACCAUGCUUUAUGACUUGCGCAAAAUGACCAGCUCCCUGUGUCAGGACACCUGCUCGGAAAGUGGAUACCAGUUUGCAGGCCUGGAAUACGGUGCUGAAUGUCACUGUGGGAACCGGAUCAGCAGCCCGCAGGCUCCGGAGGAGGACUGCAGUUUGGUGUGCCGGGGCGAGAGGGGGUCUCCCUGUGGCGGCGUGGGCCGACUCUCCAUUUACAAGGUGGAGGAGCAGCUGCCAGGUCACAGAAAAUUCAGAAACGUUCACCACCGCGGCUGCUUCAAGCUGACGAACGGCACCGUCGGCGCCUUCCCCAUCCACUCCGUUCAGCCCAACCUCACCACUCAGUCCUGCGUCGAGACGUGCACCGACAAGGAGCUUCCCCUGGCUGUGUUGAAGCGACCCCACUGUUUCUGCACGUGGACGUCGUCUCUCUUCAACACCAACCAGCAGUCGGACAAGCAGCGGUGCGCCGACAGCGGCGCCCCGAACCGCACGGCGACAUCCGGGUCCACGGCCCCGCCAGAGAGCGGCCACUACCAGGUGUAUCACACUCCCGUCCUCGACUCCAGGUGCAAAGAGAGAAUGUUUCUGCCUCAGAGAUCCUCCUCCCUGGUGGCGCUCUCCAGUUUUCCGGGCGCGGGCAACACCUGGGUCCGACACCUGAUUGAGCUUGUGACCGGCUAUUACACCGGCAGCUUCUAUUUCGACGGCACCCUCUACAACAGAGGCUUCAAAGGGGAGAAGGAUUACUGGAAGAGCGGCCGCAGCGUCUGCGUGAAGACGCACGAAAGUGGCCAGAAAGAAAUCGAGAUGUUCGAUUCUGCCAUCUUGCUGAUUCGAAACCCUUACCGCUCUCUAAUAGCUGAAUUCAACCGCAAGUGCGCCGGACAUCUGGGCCACGCCACCGAGGCGCAGUGGGACAGCAAAGAGUGGCCAGAGUUUGUCUCCAGCUACGCCCCCUGGUGGGCCUCCCACGCUCUGAGCUGGCUGAAGUUUGGACAGCGCCUCCUGGUGGUGCACUACGAGGAACUGCAGAGAGCCCUGCUCCCCCAGCUGCGGCUGGUCGCUGCUUUCCUAAACGUCUCCAUUACCGAGGAGAGGCUGCUGUGCGCGCAGAGCAACCAGGACGGCCACUUCAAGCGUCCCGGAGCCCAGAGCCCCUCCUUUGACCCGUUCACUCCUGACAUGAGGCGCAUGAUCGACUCCUUCAUUCUCACGGUUGACCAGGCGCUUCAGAGCAGGAACUUCAGUGGUCUUCCACAGGAGUACCUCCCCAGAUGAUGGUGGGUAGACUCUGGAAUAACUGCGUCACUCUUGGUCUGAGAGGACGGAGGUUUGCAGCUCGUUCCAGGAAACAGGACUGGAUCGGCUGAUGAAAGUGGACCGAGUGACUCUGUGACAAGCCGGGUCACAAAACAAGCAAAAAAAAAAAAACACGACAGAAAUCCCAACGGAGAUUUUCACUCGAGAGAAGACUCGACAUGAACUGUUGACCUGAAGAAGGGUCAGGGUCAGGAGAGUUCCCCACUGCCAGACUGGAUGUGCUCAUGCAGAUUCAGCCCACAUCCCCGCGUUGGCCAACAUAUCCAGAUGUACAAACACACAGAGGAGAAAGACUGAAUUUCCUGACAGAGGAAAAGGGCUCAGAAGUGUCGCGUGUGACUGUACGGACUCUUUGAAGUCGGCCGAUCGCAAACUGUGAAUUUCUAUGGAGAUUUGAUGUCAUUAAAGAUCUGAAGCGAGAGCGACUGUGUCCACUGGCGUAUUUUAAUCGAACGACGCGACAAGGGAAGUCGGCGCUUCAUUUGCAGCUGCCACCUCUGAUGUUGAGGCUGAUGGUAGGAAGAGAACACAAAAUAAAAUUUAAGCACAAAAAGAAAACGGCAGUGUUGACUGGAAUGCUCUGCUAUUGUGGAAUAUAGCGUGGGAUGACAGUGCCACCUGCUGGCUGUGAGGUACUGCAACGGAAGAGGUGUGCCUCCAAAAAAUAAAAUAUAGUUAAAUCAAAGGCAUGAAGGGACUAAGCAAAUCCAAAUUUCUGCAAAAUGCUUUUGGCAUAUUCGGGCUGAUGAGGGAGCCAACAAAUAUAGAGCUUAACAGUUGCAAACUGACUCCAUUCAGCCUGCAAACUGCGCGCUGUCAGGAAAAUGAAUUAUUAAAACGAGCUGAAACAUUUGAAAAGUCGCUCCGGGAUGACAAGUUGCAUUUCUGGCUGUAGUUUUAUUUACUCGCCACAUAAUGACACAUAAUGAAUACAACCACAGAGCAGAGCCAAAAGCACCACUAGGAGAUUAAAAAUCCUCCAUUGUUCAGAAUGGGAACUUACAAUGUUACAGUGAAUAUGAAGAACAUCUGUCGGCCACACACCAAAGACGUUCCACCACAUCCCAAAAGUGCUCUGUUGGAUGAGAUCCGAUUGGUUGAGGCUGCUGGAGUACCUUGAACUCAAUGAAAGCAGAUGGGAGAAGAUUUAUCCUGUGUGACAUGGUCCAUUAUCCUGCUGGAAGUUGGCAUCAGAAGUGGUGGGCAGCUGAAACUGAAGACCAAUCUGAAAUUGACCAGGCUGUGUCCUUCCAAACUGUUAGCCGAGGCUCACCGAACCUUAAGAUGGACGGAGCUGAACAUCAGACAAUCCCGGAAGAAAACCUGCUCGAGGCUGCAGAAGACUUGAGAUUGUAGUGGAGCUUCACCUUGCACCAGGACAACCACCUUAAAUGUACCAUCAGAGAGCAUAAAGGUGGAAUAACAGCAAACUGCAGGAUUGGAGAGCAGUAGGAAAAUGUUUACAGGAGAAGUUCUCCAUUUGUCCUCCAGAAGCAUAAGCCUAUAGCAGCAUGACCACAGAAAUAGCUCAGGAUAACUUGAGCCAGCUGGAUCAAAAAGGAAAGUUUUAAACCCAAGUCUCCCUUAUGGGUGAAAACUGGGAGCUGAAAUGUGAGAAGUACUAUCUCUCUUUUUCGUUAUUUGUUUUAUUAUUUCGGAUCGGCCAAAGGUUUUAAGCUGCACAUUACGGACGUCCUGGAAAAGAAUUACGGUAGUCUGGCUUUGAAGUAGCAAAUGCAGGAACUAGUUUUUCAGCUUCUCUCAUGGACAGGAUAUUUCUAACCUUUCUGUCUGAAAGCUGCUAAAUCUCCUGAUCAUCAGUUCCAAAAGAACUGGAUCCACAGCACCUGAUUUCUACUUCCUCCAUCAUUUUCUCUAAAGGUGGAUUUUGCAUGUCAAACGAUGCUUCUGCGUUUUGAAAGUGCUGAUCUACGUCAGGCUUACAGGAAACAGUCCGAAGAAAGGAGAAAACGUCCAGUGAGCAGCUGUUGUCGGGUCAGGUCAAAGGUCAGAGGAGGCUGGACAGAGAAAUGAAAGACAACAGUAUCUCCAAUCACCGUGUGCUACAAGCAAGUUAUGCAGAAUACCAUCUCUAAAUGCACAACAUGUCAGAAGCAAAAUUUAAGGUGAGCUGUAUACUGGGUGGAUCCAUUCUGCUUCGUGUUAUUGGUCCACGCCACAUGGUGGUGGUGGUGUAGUGAUGUUGGCUCCCACAACGUCUGACGCCAACUCCUAAAGGUUCCUUCUCUUCAACUCUCUUAAAUCAAAUGACCAGAUCAUUGGCAGGACUCCAGAACGUCUUUGGAUGCCGGGAAGAUAAUUCAGGCAUUUGGUUCCGGUGUGUUGGACCUGAACAACAGCACCUCGAACUGCCUUGCUGCAGAAAUGUGCUAUGCAAAUAAAUUCGAUUGAGUGAUUAAAUACUGAGCAGAACCCUGAUGUUUUCUGUCCUCUGGUCCAGGACGCAAGUUUCAAGUGGAUAGGGCAACGGAGAGUUUUAUAAACUAAUGUGUCCAGGUCCAGAGAGUUCUUUUGUGUUAUUAAUUUCAGAAGUUCAGAUCUUAUUACAGACAGGAGUCACCACUGAUCCGUGACUGUAUUUCUAUAGUAAAAUGGGGAGUUUAAUUAUUAUCAGUAGAGCUUAUUCUCUUUAUCAAAACUGCAUGUUGGUGCCAUCUAGUGGCAGGCUUGUGGAACUGAAGCACAAAACUAAACGUUAGCAUCAGCCUUGGCACCAAUCUGACCUGGUUUCCUCAACAGAAAGGACUUAAAACUGCCUGUGUCUGUCUACUGAGCAUCCUGUGAGUUAUUUGUUGUGCCACGUUGUCUUUCCUUCUUGUCCUGGUUCUCGGCUGGCUGUAAAAGAAGCUAGCAACUAGAUGAAUCCUUUGACCUUGAUCUUACCUUGUCGCAGCUCUUGGCUGAUUAUGUAGAUUAUCUAGAUUAUGUAGAUCAGUCUGAAACAUUUGGGUCAUAACAUUGCAGUGUUUUAAUAUGGGUGUUGGUAUCAACUGCACAGCUCUGAUCUUAAAUCAGUCUUGGAAAGACUCCUCUGCCGGCUCUCUCUCUUUAAUAAAGUUUUUUCACGAUGGGUAUGGACUCAAACCACUGAGACUUGAGUCGAGUCAGACUCCAGUCACAAACUGAAUGGCUUUAGAUUCGACUGGAACAUCUCACUAAGAACUUUUGACUUGAACUCUUGACGUCUUCAUCCAACUAUAACUUGUUUUAAUGCGCGGUAUGUUGGUCUAGAUGAGGCAAAUAAUGAACAAGUCAAGAACUUUUUCUCUUUCUGAUGUUUUGGGCUCGCAAAAGUAUUUCGCAUUAAAAUCCAACAUAUGACUUUUGUUUUUCUUUCAGUUCACAUCGAUAAUGACGUGUUUUUCCCAUUUUCUUUUUAAACAUACACAAACUCUUCUUGUCCCAGGUGCUCAGUAUCAGCACAUUGACAUGACUUUAAAUUUUUUUGUAAAAGGAAACAAAGUAAGAUUUACCUAGGAGUUUCCUAAACCCUCCUAGGUAAAGAAUAUCCUCUCUAGCUUCUUUAGCACCUUAGCAACAUGAGCAGAGGAAUAAGAGCUCAUAUAGGGAUUGUGUCCUCUAUGACUCAACGAGACAAAUUCAAUUCAUAGCCAGGAACACAUGAAAAAGACAAUCAUUCACCUUUACACAAUUAUCUCUGCAGUCUUUGGUGCAGUUUCUUAAAAUCCUGAACUCGAAAUUGAUCAUUAUUAGUCAUUAAGUAAGCAAAAUAUAUUCAUUACAGCGACAGUAAAUCGACUCUUUCUAAAUUUGAACGGUUGGACACUUUAUCCUUGAAGUCCACAAAAGUCUCCCAGCUCGGAGCUGCCUGCCCGAGCUUCGCAUUUAAUUGACAGACGAAGAGUAAGAUGUUGGACCCAAAUCUUCCCAGACAAGAGAGACUUUGUAGAACCAAAGUUUUAACAAGCUGCUCACAGUUACUUUGCGGAGAGACGUGACUGACUGCAUGGUGGUUCCAGGUGUGACAGUUUGCUGUCUGCUGGAGGCGUCUGAAGUGAUGCAGAGGAUCCCGUCUGUGUCUGGGCCUGAAGACAGACGUGCCUGAGAGUGCGGCUGGUCGUCUGUCAUUUAGCCUGUUGGCUUUGUCGCUUUGAGGUGGCGCUCACGGUUUUUGGCAGCGGCUCGGAUUUUAUGGGGUCGGAUGGUUUUAUUUCAUCUCUGCAAAGUGAUAAACUCCACAUUCCCCACCGCCCUUAUUGCUGAUGCUUCGUUUGUCUUUAGAGAUGAAGUGCUGCCAACGUUAUUGACUUAAAUUGCGGCAAAGCACAAACGUGAGAUUUCCCAGAGGUUUUAAUAAUAUGCUUAGAGCUGGAGAUUCUGCACUUUCCGAUGUUCUGUUCUCCCUCCCAGACCAGUCUGUCGCUCUUCACUGGUUUUGCUCCCAACAGUCCAGCAGACGUUUAUUGUCGGGUCAGUUUUCCUCAGGAGUACCUCAAGGCUCUUGUCUUCUGACUUGUACUUUUUUCAUUGUAUGUACCUCCUUCUAUUUUUUUCCUUUGGAGAAGAAAAUGAUCUUUCCAUCGUUUUGUAGAUGGUUUGCAACUUCAUCGAGGCGAUUGUUCUCGGGAAAUCCGACUUGCUGCCCCAAGGCAGUAGCAGCAUUCUGCCCCUUUGAGUUCUUUUACCUGUUCAGGAGUGUUUUUUGUACCAUUUUAAUUUUGAACAGUGUGGGAGUCCGGGCUGGGUCAAUUAGCAGAUAAAACUCAGUUAUUGGAAUCUGUAAUAUUUGCUAUUGUUACUUCAGCAACUCUCUCAAUGCAGGUAUGGACAACUGUCUUCAACGUCAACCUGCAGCUUGGUGGAAAUCCUGUUGCAACCCUGCACUGGUUGCCUGUAUGGUUUUGUUUUGUUUUUUUGAGGAGGGGUGGGGAGGGGUUAAAUUAAGAUUUUAAUUUUGGUUUUAAAUAUUUAUUUCCAGUUUAGCAGGAAUAAUCUGGCUGUUUUUUUUUUUAAAUUUAUUUAUUUAUUGUGUUUGUGUCCCAAUUGGUCAUGCUUUUGUUCAUGGACCUGGUGCAAAAUGCGCAUAAACAAACACCGACUCAAUUAGCACCAGUCUGGCAGCAGGUGGUGACCAGCGCAGCCAGUGUCGUACCCACAACCACCACAAGAUGGCGCUGGAGGUUCAUUCGGAGCCCCAGCAGCCGGUCGGGCCGCGGGUUCGGUGGCUCUCAGGACUCGUUGUUUCCACGGCGGCCCUCGCUGCUCGCCGUCUGAGGAGAACAUGUGAAACCCAUUCGCAGCGCGUCGCGGACGGUCACACGUGUUCUUGUUUAUCCUCUGGAAAGCGCGGAGCUGUCAAGCCCACCUCUCGAACACAGAGGAUGAUGACGAUGACGACGAUGCGCUGUCUUCUGUUCCAGCAGCUGAUUCCAAAAGCGUCCUUGAUGUCAAGGCUGCAGCGGGCCGCGCAUCAGAGCGCUGACAGCCCGUCUGCAGGCGCCAGUGAGCCCGUGAAGGAUGGAGACAUCUGGAUGUCUGAGCUCUCCUCUCCUGGAACGCGCUGCUCAGCCUGCGUGACGGGACAUGAGGAGGUACACGCUCGCCUGGCUGCGUGGCAAAGCAUCGUUGUUGUGCGAGUGUGAAAUAAAGACGAAUCAAUAAUCUGCGGAUGAACAUUGUGUCCGUGUGGGACGCACGGGUUCAGACCGGAACUCUUUGCACUUAAAAAAAAAAUUAUUUAGCCUAUUAUUCUUUUCGCCUCUUUAGUCGCUUAAUCUCGGCCUUAAAGCUGCACUGUGCUUUUAUAAAAAUAUACUUUCUUUUUCUCUCUCUGUCUUUCUACAUAUUUGUGGAAAUAUGUAGGAAGACAGAUAUAGCCUGAGCCAGAAAAUCUGAAAAAUUCGAGCCAACUACAGACGAACCAAUCAGAGUCAGAAGGCGGGUCUUGGCGCUGUCAAUCGUGAAUGCUAAGCCUAGUUAGCGUGGACGGCGGCUAAUUGUGAGUUCUCUGUCCACCACUGGCACAUCGACCGGUGCAAACAUGAGGAUGAUCGACAGCGUCAAGACCCGCCUCCUUGGCUCUGAUUGGUUGUUUUUGGUCGGGAGCGAUCCAUUCCAUUCGCUCGGGUGGCAGUGACAGUACGGGCGGGAGAUGGAGGAGAUCAAACUUUUCGCAGAUUAUCUCUUAAAUCAUAUUGUCCUAACAUGAUUCUCAGAACUUUCCCCAGAGAUGCGGUUGCGUUCAUCGCGCCCCGUCUCGGCGCGGCGCUCCAGCUGUGCCAGGUGUUUCCUGCAGAUGACAGUGAGAGGAAGCCGAGAGGGUCGUUGGAGCGUCCUGGAUCCUGUUUCACCGAAACAGCCUUAAGCACGAGAAGUAUUUACUACUAAUACAUAUUAUUGUAUGUAUUAUUCAAGGCAGGGCAGUUGUUGCAAUUUCUUUAAUAUUCACGUGGCCCAUUUUCACAGAUAAAACUUAAAAAGAUUGUGAACAUAAUUUAUAUAAAAAAGAAAAAAAUGAAUUCAUUGAUACAGGUUGUUAAAAACAGUGGGGAAAAAAUACAUAUAUAUAAAUAUAUAUUUAUAUAUAUAUAUAGAUGGUUUCAGGUUUAAAAGUGAAAAAGAAAGCACCAUGAAAUUAUUUAUUGACUUCUUUCCUGAGUUUUAAUUGAAUGCCAUAUUGUCAAGUGCUGUCUGGUGUCUGUUAAACCCACGUUUAUUUUGUCGCUCUUUUUUAUUUAUUUCUCUAUUUUGAUUGAGCGGGGCCGGCCUGCCGGAACGCAGCGGCUGCUCCGGGUCUCUCGCUUAGUUUCUGGCCACUGAUUGUUUAAACUGUAACCUUCAGCCGCUGCCAAACGCGCCUCUUAAAAUGUCAACAGAAUUUCACGGUUGUUGCCGCUUUGAGCCAAAGUUAGUGUUUCACACUUCCAGCCGUUAGACUAUCGUUUUACGUCGUCUGCGUUGAUAAAGAAGAAGAAGAAAACAAACUGUUAAAAAUGUUCUUAAAAUAAGUUGAACAAGUUUGGUUGAGUUGGUCGUAUGUAAUUUGUUUGAAUAGAAAUGAUGGGAUUUUAAUGUGAAAUACUAAAUUAAUUGGAUUUUUGUUAAUUUCAACGGUUAAUAUUCCUGUUUAUGGAUCAUGACAAUAAAUAAAAAACAAUCUGAAACUGCCAUCAGCAAAA